AUGGCGAAGGCGAUCCAGCUCUACAGCCUCGCGACGCCCAACGGGCAAAAGGUCAGCGUUGCCCUUGAGGAGCUGGGGCUGGCGUACGAGGCCCACACCAUUGACAUACGCAAGGGGGACCAGUUUUCAGAUGAGUUCAAAAAGAUCAACCCAAACAGCAAGAUCCCCGCGAUAGUGGACCCAGACGGCCCGGGCGGCAAGCCGCUGGCCGUGUUUGAGUCUGGCGCCAUCCUGCUGUACCUGUCUGAAAAGGCGGGAGGGAAGCUUCUGCCCUCGGACCCCACCCAAAAGUGGGAGGCGCUGAGCUGGCUGUUCUGGCAGAUCGGCGGGGUCGGCCCCAUGUUCGGUCAAUUCGGUCACUUCCACAAGUAUGCCCCUGAGAAGAUCGAGUACGGCAUCAACCGCUACAAGACGGAGGUGAAGCGUCUGCUGGCGGUGCUGGAGAAGCAGCUGGAGGGGCGGGAUUACAUAAUUGGGUCAGAGUACACCCUGGCUGACGUGGCCACCUUCCCAUGGGUGCGGUGCCUGGACACGGGCUACAAUGCGGCCGACGUGGUGGAGCUGGACAGCUUCAAGAACGUCAAAGAUUGGGUCGCGCGCUGCGAGGCGCGGCCGGCGUCCAAGGCCGGCCUGAAUGUGACGCCCUUCCCAAAGUGA